AUCUUUCACUACAAACCAAAAGCAUGUUGUCAUGUGUAGGAACCUGAGUCACACAUGUUAAUGUUAGCACCUCUUUGAGUUCAUGCACCACAAUCCAAUUUCUCCUUCUCUCCUAAAACCUCCCAUUUUUCUCUGCAAUCUCCAAUGUCAAUUCCUCACUCUGCGAAGCUACCAUCUCCAUCUCCUUCUCCUUCUCCCCCCAAAAUGCUCUCCAAAUUCCCCCACGCGCCGCUCCUCAAUCCCUCCACCAACCGAUCCCCCAAAUCCCUCUGCGCCUGCCACUCCACUAAACCCUCCAACUCGCCCCCAAUUCGCGAUUCCGCCCUCGCCUCCAUCCUCCUCGCCAUCCCCGACUGGGCCGACGCCAUCAAGGAGAGAGGCAUGAAGCAGAGGCGCUACCUCUACGACCACCAGAGCUGGGUGCAGCACCGCAGCUCGCUGCGCCACGUCAGGCACCUACUCACCAGCCUCAGCUCGCGCGUCAUCCUCUCCCUCGUCCCGCCGGUGAUCGCCUUCACGUCCGUCGCCGUCUUCGUCGCCGUCUACAACUCCGCCGUCUCCAUGGAUCUGCUGCCGGAGUUCUUCCCGAUCCUGCGCGCCUCCUCCCUGCCGUACCAGCUCACCGCGCCGGCGCUGGCGCUGCUGCUGGUUUUCAGGACCGAGGCGUCGUAUUCGAGGUUCGAGGAGGGGAAGAAGACUUGGACUAAGGUUAUUUCUGGGGCGGAGGAUUUUGCCAGGCAGCUCACUGCUAAUGUGCACGCACCCGACGAUGAUACGCUUAAGAAGGCCAUUUUGCAGUAUCUCAUGGCGUUUCCGGUUGCUCUCAAGUGUCACAUCAUUAAUGGGUCAGAUGUUGCUCAAGAUCUCAACAACUUACUGGAUGGGGAUGACCUGGCUGUAGUCUUGAGCUCGAAGCACCGGCCUCGCUGCAUCAUCGAGUUCAUCUCCCAAAGCCUGCAACUGCUUGACAUCGAGGCCACAAAGCGCCAAAUAAUGGAAUCAAAGCUUGGUUGUUUCCACGAGGGAAUUGGUGUGUGCGAACAGAUCAUGGGCACGCCUAUCCCCCUCUCGUACACUAGACUAACCUCGAGAUUCCUAGUCCUCUGGCAUCUCACUCUUCCUGUCAUACUCUGGGAUGAUUGUCAUUGGAUCGUUGUACCCGCCACUUUUAUAAGUGCCGCUUCUCUAUUCUGCAUCGAGGAGGUUGGUGUUCUCAUUGAAGAGCCUUUCCCAGUGCUGGCUCUUGAUGAGAUGUGCCUCAGGCUUCGGAGCAACAUAGACGACGUUAUGAGGAACGAGAAGCUGAUUCGGGCUCGUGUGAGUGCCAAGAGAAAGCGGAGUUGCGGUAAGAAGCAGUCUCCGAAUGGAUGGCCAAACUCUUUGCAAGACAGGCAACCUGGUUGAAAGGUUUCUUGGGAGAGAGUGGCAUAGUUUUGGUGUUAGGUAAGUAUGUAUAGAUGAUAGCAGUAAAGUGAAAAUGAACAUCUUGCAUCUCAGAAAAAGAAAAGGAAAAUGAACAUCUUUGGACAAGUAUAUAUAUAUAUAUAUAUAUAUAUACUCGUUCAAUUAUAUAUAUACAUGCUGGUGAAAGAGUUUAUGGAGUCAAAA